AUUGAAAAUUUAUAAUUUAACAAUUUUUUUUUUCUGUAGCAAAUAAUAUUAUUAGAUUAGAACUCUAUGACGCGGGGUUUUAUUGUUGUUAAUGAUACAGUGAUAUCACGACAGGUCAGUCGCCGAUUUUCGUUAGUGAUAACCACGAUUUAAGAUCAUAUUCUACAAAAUAUCUCAUUAAAUUAUAAUAAAGUAUCUAAAAUCAUGGCGAUAAUAUUGAUAAUUAACGUGAUUUGGUUACAAUGUUUUAUCCAUCGGUAAUGCUGUAAUAUUAAUAAUAAUACUAAUAUUUCAAACUGCGCGUGCUCAAUCUAACCUGUUCAUUAGUUCGGAUAUUUAGACCAUUCAGUUCACUGGGUGCUGUUUACUUUGUAUUUUAAUGUAGUAUUCGGUUAACAUUCAUCAUGAGUGUAAACAAAGAGGAAGCCAUGGAAUGUGAACCUACUACAAAUGAUGACUAUGAUGAAUUUAAUAAUGUAGAACCAGGAUAUAGUGGUAUAGAACCAUUUGAUUGUUCAAGAACUUAUGACCAUUUUGAACCACAAGAUGCUUCAGGACCUUCUGAUGAUUUAAAACAAGAUUAUUAUCCAGAAACCAAUGAUUUAGAAUCAAAAGAAAAAAAUGAACCUCUGUUUGUCAUAGACAGAACUAAAAACUUUAGACUAAAUCGCCCAAUACAAUAUGAGAUUUCGCCUAAUAAAAAUAAGUAUGGAAAAAAUAACUUUGCGGCACAAAGACAAAAUUCGUGUUGGAAUUGUAAUUCUGUAAAUCAUUCUUUACAUAAUUGUCCAGAACCUAGAGUUCAAUGGAAAAUUGCAAAAAACCGAAAUGCUUUUCUUAUGCAAAAACAACAGCAACAAAAUGCUGGCGGUAGAAACUUCAAAAAUCGAUUUGGAAAUCAUAAAAAUGUACGAUACUUUAUAGCAGGAACUAAAACUCUAUGGAGUGAUUUAACACCUGGUAAAUUAAGUGAUAAUUUGUUAAAAGCAUUGGGUGUUCCUGAAAAUGGACUUCCAGUACAUAUCUAUAGAAUGCGAGAACAUGGUUAUCCUAGUGGAUGGCUUGAAGAAGCUAGAGAAGAAUAUUCCGGAAUUUCAAUAUAUACUAAACCAAAUGAAUGUUUACCUCUUCCUGGCAGAGAAAAUGGAAUAAAUGAUUAUUUCCAUUGCAAUAUUAACGAGAGAAAAUUACAUGAAUUUCCUGGAUUUAAUGCUCCUUGUCCACCAGAUGUUAUUGAUGAAGGGAAAAAAUUUGGUUGUCCUGAAUAUAAUCCCGAGCAAAGUCUUAAACAUAUGUAUGAAAGAUUAAAAAAUGGGCAAAUCGGUAAAAAUGGAAUAGCAUUGUCUGGAGCUAGUAGUCAAGACACGAGUCUUGCAUCUAUCAAAAAUGAAUGUUCAACUGAUGGAAACACCUUGGAUUUAAAAACUAAAGAAGAAUUAAAAAAAGGACCACCCUCAUCGCCGGAAGAUGGAGAAAUUACGGAAGAUGAAAGUAAAUCUGAAAACAAUGAUGAAAAGUUCUCAUCUAAUGAAACAGUGCCGGAAAUUGAUGAGCAAAAUAUUUCAAAGUCCUUUGUAAGUUGUGUAGAUACUCAAAAUGAUUCUCAAACAAAUGUCUCUGAUUCAAAAAUGACGGAAAAUGAAUUGUUCUCAACACCAACAUCAAAAAGGCAAUUUGGUGAUGUGAAAUCUGAAAUCCUUGGCACUCCAGUUCUCAAAAACUUUUCUUCGUAUGGAAAUAGACCAACCCAUGAAAAUUUUGCUAAAGGAAUGGUUGAUAUGGUAGAUCAUGAAAACUUACCAAAUUCAAUAGGAACAUUCCAAAAGUUGAAAGAAAUAUUAAAAGAUGUACGCAAGACAAUUAAAGAUUUAAUAUGAUUUACUUUCAUAUUUUAUUUAGACAAAAUUAUUUUGACAUUCUUAAAAUUAAGUUAUAAUUUUAUCAAUAUUUACAUUGAAAAACUCAAUUCAUGAACUAUUAGUGACAAUAUACCUUCAUUAGUAUUGUUUUGUUAUAAACUUAUAUUGAUAUAUUCAUGACAAAUAUAAAACAUUAAUAUUAAAAAAAUGUAUAAUUAUUCAAUUUUAAUU